AAUCAGAAUGGUUUACUUUUGACUCCGUUUAGUUCUUGGUUUCCUGUGCUGAGAUGCCGUAUGAUUCUGUGAUCCUUUGGCACACUUGGAAGUCCUUUCCAUGUCUUGCCAGUCUAGGAAAGGAGCCCUGUCUUAAUCUAGUUAAGAGAAGGUUACAGAAGCUCUGAGGUUAAUUUCAUGCUGAUAAUGACAACCCUGACAGCACUUAUAAUAUCCAGUGCUUCUUCACAAAACUCCAUGUCUGUAUGAGUACAAAGUUUAAAAAACAAACAAAAAAAAAAAAAAGACUGCUUUCUUAAAAUGCCUACUGUGACAGCCACUCAGGCCUCAUUUUUUUCUCCUUUGUCCCUCGAUUAUUGUUGCUGUAUGGGAUUUUUGCCCCUGAGAAGGCAUGUCUUUGAAUUUGGAGGUCAUGUCCAUGAUAUGGAUUAAUGAAAGCUAUAAUUCAUUUGGGGAUGAAACUUGUCCUCUUACCCAAUUGGCAUCAUCCUGUAACCUACUGAGUUAAAUGCAAUGGAACAACAGCUCUCCAAGCACUUUUAAACUCUGCUUUCAUUUGAAAGUUCAGUGUAUUAUUUUGUUAAGAAGCAGUGUGGUAUGGCUGGGUAAAGAAGAAAAAAGGAAAGCAUGUUGUCACUUGAGUGAGACUGCCUUAGAAAUGUUACCAAGUCAGGGUUGGGUGUUGCCUGUCCUUCAGAAGAGAACAGGCAUAAACAGCACCUUCCUCAUGCUGUAGCUACAAGGAAAGUACCAUGACUGGGAUUAGAGAUGCUUCCUUAGCUGAUUUUUAAUCAAGUGUAAAUUUAAAUACAUAACAAAGGAUGAGAGUGAAAUGAUGUGGUAUUUUUACAGGUUCUAUUUCAUGUAAGCUUUGUAUCUUGAAUGAAAUAUGAACUACCUAAAGAAUGAAAUUGGAAAUUCGGUGGGAGAAACAGUUGUAGAAUCAAAGACCUAUAUUUAAAUUUUGAACCUAAGUUACUGGAUUUUGUGCACAUUAAUUUCUUUAAGCUUCCAUUUCUUCUUAUGUAAAACUGAGGAAACUCUUGUAGAAUUAUUCUAAAGAUCAAAUAAAGACUUUAAAACAGUUAGCAGUGUCUGGCCUAGGGUAGAUGCUUAAUGAAUGACAGCUGUUAUCAAUAAGAAUACUUUAAUAUUAGGGAGUACUUUACCACACCAAAAAAGAAAGAAAAGGAUAUGGGGAGCACAGUGAAGGUGGUAAUAAAAUGAACGGAUUAAAUGUGUAUAUAAAAUAGAUUACAUUAGGCAAGGGUGUCAUGGGAUUAGUGUGACAGUGACCUUGUUGCUAAGAGCAAAAGCAAAACAAUGACUUAAAAACAAGUACACUAGGCACUGAGUGGAGGAGAGAGAUGGAGGCAGACGCUACAGGGAAAAAGCUGAUUAAAAAGGGGCCUUUGAUUCCACAGGCACAAAAAUCCACAGCCAGGAAUUUGCUGCCACCUCUGAGUCAGGCAGGGGGUGGGGGUGCACAAUUCCAUUAGUAGAGAAAUGCCCAGUGGAUUUAGUCUGAGAGUCACAUUGCUUAUUUGGACCAGUAUAGACAGAAACAAACCCAGCUCACUUGUUUCCUGGGACAGUUGAGUUAGGGGAUGGCUUUCGCAGAGCAUUCACCGCUGACCCCUCACCGCCGGGACCUCUGUAGCCGCUCUAUCUGGCUAGCAAGGAAGAUUCGUUCAGACCUGACUGCUCUUAUGGAAGCUUAUGUGAAGCAUCAAGGUCUGAACGAGAACAUCAACCUGGACUCUGUGGAUGGUGUGCCAAUGGCAAGCACUGAUCGAUGGAGUGAGCUGACGGAGGCAGAGCGACUCCAAGAGAACCUCCGAGCUUACCGUACCUUCCACGUUAUGUUGGCCGGGCUGUUAGAAGACCAGCGGGUACAUUUUACUCCAGCUGAAGAUGACUUCCAUCAAGCAAUACAUACCAUUGUCCUCCAAGUCGCUGCCUUUGCUUACCAGCUGGAAGAAUUAAUGGUGCUCCUGGAGCACAAGGUCCCCCCCAGUGAGGCUGAUGGUACGCCCCUCAGCGUUGGAGGUGGUGGUCUCUUUGAGAAGAAGCUGUGGGGCCUGAAGGUGCUGCAGGAGCUUUCGCAGUGGACAGUGAGGUCCAUCCGUGACCUUCGAGUCAUUUCCUCUCAUCAGGCUGGGGUCCCAGCACACGGGAGCCAUCAUAUCGCUAAGGACAAGAAAAUGUAGCAGUUACCUCCCUUCUCUCUUAGUUGCCUUCUAUUCUAAUGGAAUAGACAGUUCUCUGAGGCCUCACUUCCCAUUCUUAUUUUUGAAAAAAACACUGCAAGCAUUUUUGUAACUAGGGUUGGAGACAUGGACAAAUGGGCAUGCAGGUUUAGUGUGAGAGUGCGUGUGCGUUGGGGCCAUGAGAGAGCGAGGGCAGGGACGCCCCCACAGUGCACUAACCUCUCCCUACCCACUAAAUACCCUUUACAGACAUUUAACAGCCUCACAGGAUAAAUAUAUUUUUAACUCUAGUUCUGGAUGACUCGUCUAAGACUUAAAUAGUGAAUUAAAAAUCACGGAGUCUAGCCAGUUCAAACCCUUGGACAAUAAAAAUAGUAACUAAACAUUUA